CACUGAAUUGUUCAGAUAAAGGCUGUCAAGUGCUGCCUAAAUAAGGAAGGAGCCUUGGUAAAGUUAAGUGCGGUGGAGGACACAAAUGAAGCAUUGAUUCCAGGCAUGCUAUAGAGUCUGAGCUGUUUCCUGCGCACUGAACCUUUUUAGUGUGUUUGUUGUUUUCUGGAAGUAUUAAAAUGCGAGUAUCUGUCAUUCAGGAUUUCAGGGAGGAUGAAAAUGAGGAUGAGGAAGAAGAAACGGUCUUCCUCAAGCCAGUUAUUGAGGACAGAAAUAUGGAACUGGCCCGAAAAUGCAGUGAAAUAAUAAGUGACAUACACUAUAAAGAAGAGUUUGAAAAAUCUAAGGGCAAAUGUAUAUUUGUACCUGACACCCCACAGUUAAAACAUGUGAAAAGUCUCGGUGCUUUUAUUUCUGAGGUGAAGUACAAAGGAGCUGCUAAGAAAGACCUUUCCAACUCUCUUUAUCAGCAGAUGCCAGCCACAAUUGACAGUGUGUUUGCAAAAGAAUUAACUCAGCUUCAGAGCAAGGUACUGUAUAAACAAAAAUAUGAUGCUGAGAAAGGAACUUCAGAUUACGCACAUAUGAAGGAGCCUCCGGAUAUUAAGCAUGCCAUGGAAGUCAAUAAACACCAGAGUGAUGUGUCAUAUAGGAAGGAUGUGCAAGAUACUCAUAGAUACACUGAAGUGCUGAACAGGCCAGACAUAAAGAUAGCCACCGAGAUAACAAAGAUAAUAAGUGAUGCUGAGUACAAGAAAGGAAGGGGGGAGAUGAAUAAGGAGCAUGCUGUACUUGGAAGACCAGAUUUUGAACAUGCUAAAGGAGUUUCUAAACUUCUAAGCCAAGUGAAAUACAAAGAGCAGUUCAAUAAAGAAAUGAAGAGCCACCAGUACAAUCCCCUUGACAGUGCUUCCUUCAAGCAAGCACAGAUUGCAUCCACCUUGGCAAGUGAUGUGAAUUACAAGAAAGAUUUGGAAAGCCUGCAUGAUCCAGCCUCUGAUCUACCAAAUCUGCUGUAUUUAAACCAUGCUCUAAAUAUCAGCAAAAUGCAUAGUGAUGUCAAGUACAAAGAGAAUUAUGAGAAAUCUAAAGGCAGAUCAAUGCUGGAGUUUGUGGAUACACCCAUGUAUCAAGUUUCAAAGGAGGCUCAAAAGAUGCAAAGUGAGAAAAUGUAUCGCAAAGAAUUUGAAGAAAGUCUCAAGGGAAAGCCCUCAAUGGAUUUAGACAAGACCCCAGAGUUCUUGCAUAUAAAACAAGUCACUAACCUUCUGAAGGAGAAAGAGUAUAGAAAAGAUUUGGAAGAAUGGAUGAAAGGAAAAGGAAUGACAGUGUUUGAAGAUACGCCGGAUUUGAUUAGAGUGAAAAAUGCAGCUCAGAUACUAAAUGAGAAACAAUAUAAGAAAGACCUGGAAACUGAAAUUAAAGGGAAAGGCAUGCAAGUUGGUCCAGAUACUCCUGAGAUAAGACGAGCCAAGAAAGCUUCUGAAAUUGCAAGCACUAAAGAAUAUAAGAAAGACUUGGAGAAUGAAAUUAAAGGGAAGGGAAUGGAGGUGGGCAUGGAUACCCCUGAUAUACAAAGAGCGAAGAAAGCUUCUGAAAUUGUAAGCCAGAAAGAAUAUAAAAAGGAUCUUGAGACUGAAAUUAUAGGAAAAGGAAUGCAAGUUGGUCCAUAUACUCCUGAAAUACAACGGGUCAAAAGGGCUUCAGAAAUAGCAAGCCAGAAAAUGUACAAAGAUGAAGCAGAGAAGAUGCUCUGUAACUAUUCUGCUGUCCCAGACACUCCAGAAAUGGAGAGGAUAAAAAGUACUCAGAAAAACAUCAGUGCAGUGUUUUAUAAGAAGGAAGUAGGAGCUGGCACAGCUGUAAAAGAGACUCCAGAGAUUGAAAGAGUAAAGAAAAAUCAACAGAAUAUUAGUUCGAUUAAAUACAAAGAAGAAAUUCAGCAUGCAACAGCUAUUUCUGAUCCACCUGAACUAAGAAGAGUCAAAGAAAACCAGAAGAAUAUAAGCAAUGUUCAGUACAAAGAACAGCUCUGCAAGGCUACACCUGUGAGUGUCACCCCGGAGAUUGAAAGAGUCAAGAAGAAUCAAGAGAAUGUCAGCAUGGUUCACUACAGAGAGCAGCCUGGCAAAGCUACUGCUGUGAGUGUCACUCCUGAGAUAGAGAGAGUCAAGAAGAAUCAAGACAAUAUCAGCUCGGUAAAAUACCAUGAAGAUUUUGAGAAGACAAAAGGCAGAGGCUUCACCCCAGUGGUAGAUGAUCCUGUGACAGAGCGGGUGCGGAAAAACACCCAAGUUGUGAGUGAUGCAGCAUAUAAAGGUGUGCACCCACAUAUAGUUGAAAUGGAUAGAAGACCUGGAAUAAUUGUUGAUCUUAAAGUUUGGCGCACAGAUCCUGGCUCCAUCUUCGACAUUGAUCCUCUGGAGGACAAUAUUCAGUCUAGGAGUCUGCAUAUGCUUUCUGAAAGAGCAAGCCGUUACAGUAAGCAGUACUUGCAUUCUACAAGUUUGGGAGAUUAUAAAUCAGAUGGUUCUGACACGAACCCUACCUUUUCAUUCUGCAGUGAGAUUACAAGGCCAUCUGAUGAAGGAGCCCCUGUUCUCCCUGGGGCCUAUCAGCAAAGCCAGUCCCAAGGAUAUGGGUACAUGCACCAGACCAGUAUGUCGUCCAUGAGGUCAAUGCAUUCACAGCCUCAUGCUGCAGGCCUGAGAACAUACAGAGCUAUGUAUGACUACAGUGCUCAAGAUGAAGAUGAAGUUUCCUUCAGGGAUGGUGAUUAUAUCAUCAACGUGCAACCAAUUGAUGAUGGCUGGAUGUAUGGUACUGUUCAGAGAACUGGGAAAACAGGGAUGCUUCCAGCAAAUUAUAUUGAGUUUGUUAACUAACUUUUGUCUCUAGUUCUUUGAGGUUUAUUAUGAUUUACUCAAAAUCUAACCUUUUAGAAAAAGUCAGAAGAAUCUUUUAAGACCACAUGUUCAUUAUUUUAUCACUGCUAUAACAGUCUGCAUUCUCAUUCAGAAUCUAGUUUAGAGUCUUUUAAAGUAAAGACAAAUAAACAAGAAGCUCAGAGCUUUGAAAACAGCAUUGCUUAUAAUAGUGCUCCCUCAAAAUAAAUAAAUAAAAAAAAGAAACACAAAACUUAUAUCAAAGCCUGGUUCUGCUAAUCCUAUAAAGAUUUUGGUCAAUUAGCUAUAAAGUGGAAAUACCUUCUCCCUACAUCUCAGAGGUUAUUUCUCUUUAUAGUAACCAUGAAAUUGAUUCACUUCUUAUGGCACUCUGAAGUCAAAGGAGGUUAACACACGGAGUUUGAACACAUCUUCAAAUUAUUAGGGAGAUGUUUAAUGUUUGAGAAGUUAGUGUCCUAAUAAAAAUAAAAAUGUUGGGUAGAGAAUUCAAUCAUUUGAAAUAAUGACAAGUAAUAUAUUUGUAAAACAAACAAACAAACAAACCUACUGCCCAACAGCCUUACAAUAAAAAAAGGUCUAUUUUGAUAGCAAAAAUUUCCCAACUCUUCCUUACCCACAUUUUUUUCCUGGAUUAUCCAUUUUCUUUUAAUCACAACCGUGACCUCUUCUAUCAGCUUUUCUUGUAUCCUAGUCCAUCAGUUAGGUCCAUGCCUGGAUUCAUGGUUCUUCAGUAUCUUUUCCACAGAAAAUUCCUUGCAAAGACUAUCUAGAGUAUAAAACCUGUCAAAUCUUCUGUUUCCUUCUAAUAAUACUUAGCAUUUAAGUAGAAACUUCCACUAGGGCAACGUAUGACCAAUACUUCAUGUUCCUUUCCCUGUACUGCUGUAAAUAGCCUGAGUGAGGCCACAGUGGUGUGCAGUCACACAAAGCAUGUGGUCACAACCCUUUGUCUUUUCACAAGUAACUCGCUUAAUGGCUGCUUUACUGAUGAGCUAAUGCACCUACCCCUGCUGCAGAAAUAUUUGCACCUCCAUUGAAGGGUGGAGAAGAGCUCUGGUUAUCGUAGUGCAUUUCAGCUCAAUGGCCUAUUGCUUCCGUUUCCUCAAAAAAUGUUGGUGAUCCAACAGUGAGUUGUAUGCUUACAAAAUGAUUAAUGAAGGAGAAAUAUAUAUUUUUUUCUACUGAUUUAUUAUUUUUCAUAACUGACACUGAAAGUAAAACUAACCAAACAAAAGUCCAACAUAUUUUAUUCCAUCAUGCUUCAGGUUAGCUGUGUGUAGAAAACAGUAACAAUAUUUUGCUGACAAACCUUCACAUGUGCUCUCUGGUGCCCAUGAACUUGUGAUCCGAAGUACAGGAUCCAGGUCUUUGUCAGUGAGGCUGAGAGGAGAGGAUUGGUGACCUAAUGGACCUGUGAGGGACUAGGUGAGCAGGCCUGGGGCACAAGGGAGUUCCUAUUGCUUUAAUGGGAUGCCAGGAGGGUGCCAUGUUCCCUCCCAGGGUGAAACUCUGGGAGGAAGGAAAAGAGAAUUAAAGAUCCAUGUAGGAACUUACUCGUUAGGAUGCAUAUAAGUGUAAGGAAGAAAGUGUGUUUGCUGAUAGUAUAACUUCAUUGGUGUUCAGCUCUGUGUUCAGCUGUGUUCAGCUCUGUGACAGAGAAUUUAAUUUUGGAGUAGCUGUCAGAAUAUUGAGUCUACACUGGCAUUCUUUUAUGUCUGAAAAUUUAAAAGUAGAAUUAAAUGUAGAGUUUAUAGAAAUUUUAUAUUUUCUAUUUCACAAAAUAAGAAGGCCUGCAGUAUAAUAUGUCUGUAAACAACAAAGAAGAUUGUGUGGUUCUAUCACAUCUGAAAUUUGCAGCUGAAAGCUGUCAUUACAAACACUUCCUUCUUCUAUUUCUGAAUAUCGUUAGGAACUGGAGAGCUUAUGCCAUUUUUUUUUUUUUUUUUCUGUUUUUAACAAAGAGCAGGUUCCAGGCUGCCAAACAGAGGAUGGAAUGACUGCAUUAAAAAAAAAAAAAAAAAAAAAAAAAAAAGUCCAUGUUUGUGGAAUUGUAUUGCUUUCUUGUCUGCUGCCUAAUUUCAAUGCUAAGGCUGACUGGGAGCAUCUAACUUCAAAAAAUGUGGUUUACAACCAUUCUGUAAAUGUGCAAUCUGUAUGGGUUACACUGCUGACAUUUAAAAUUCUUGAAAAAUGAGGGCUGUAACAAACCCUUAUGCAUUACUGGUGACUUCCACAUUAAAUUAGCUAGCUUUGCAAGUCAAAUGGCUUUUUCAAAAGGCUCAUAUGGUAGGCUCAGCUAGAAGCUCUCAAAAAAGCAGUCUUCCUCUGCAUUGGUUUUCAUCACCAGCCAUCAACAGCAAAGAGGAAUCCCAUCUUAUGGUGGCUGGCAAUUUUUUCUGAUGAUGCCUGAAGCAGAAUUGGAUAUCACUUGCUGCUGUGCCGCUCUAUUAGCUCUGUAAUGCUGACAACAGUAAAAGCAAGUUGUCAGUUUGCUAACCAGAUAUGAAUGGAAAGUAGUGAAUAGAUAAAUUGCAUGAAGUUGCAAUUUUUAGUAACUUUACAAAAAAAGAAACUAUCAACCUAUAAAUACACCAGUGUUCUUCCUACGUCAGACUUCCAGUCUUGAAUGCAUAGUGAAAAGUAAAUCAGAAAAUGAAUAUUUGAUAUCAUUGGAGGAAUAUGUUGAGCUAAACAAUGGAAAUAAAAUUUCCUUUAUGAAUUUUGAAUAUUCAGUAGCCUGGCAAAGCACUAAAGCAAGUUGCAAAAUAAAAAAGGUCAAGCAAACAAAGCACGCGAAUUAUAUUUCUGAUGAAAAUGUUAUGUCAGCAGAAUUAUUAGGAUCUGUUUUAAGUUACUCAUUUAUGUAGUCAGGUUUUUUAUGUUGUAUGUGCUUAGUAAUUCUUGCUCUUUUGGAAUGGUUCCUCUUUUUAAAUGUAAAACAACCUUUAUUCUCACUGGGCAAAUUUGUUCUAAGCAGUGCUAUCAAAGGCCCAAUAUUACCAGAGUGCAAUUUUCAAAAUGUUUUAUAAGAUAUAAAAUUUGUAAUGGAGGGAGAGUGAGUCAGCAACCAAUUUGGACAAAUGCAGGUUUCACAAGGCAUAUGUUGGAGCAUCAGUCGUGUGAAGGGGUGAACAGAUGUUGUAUGCUGUCCUGUAUAUCCUGUAUAUUAAAGUGUAUAUUCCUUUUUAACACAGCAUGUUCCCUCACUAUACUCCUGUAAACACUUUUUUUUUUUUUUUUUUUUUUUUUUUUUUGGGGAAAGGAACAGACUUUGAAGGAGACAAAUUUUCCAAGAUGUUCCAAAGUUCAGGCUGGAAGUUCACACAUUCCCAUCUUAAGCAUUUUAGAAACAAAGAAAUUAAGAUGUUAUCAUUCUUACCUAUAUUUAAAUAUAAGUAUAGAAAACUACAUAGAGCAUAUUCAUACAUAUACACAAGAACAAAUGGGUGCCUUGCUUUUCAUUACUCUUUCUUGCUUGGCUAAUCUUCAUUUUCUAAACAAAGCUACUUACAGAUACUGCAGUUGUAAUUUUUCAUUAUGGAACAUUAGCAUUUAAUCUUGAUGAAACAGGGUUUUCUUGAUUACAUUUGACAUACCAUAAACCACUUCAGCAGAUUGGGAUUUGACAGAGAAUCACCUCCCAUGGAUUGUAUUUGUGACAAAUGUGUCCCUACUGAGUGUUCCUCGGGGAUAUGAAAGGUUUCCAAUACUUGGGAAAGGUAAUAAUUUUAGUUUUUAUUGUACAGUGAUGGCAUGUCAUCUUUUACAAUGAAAAAGAAAUGACGAAUAUGGAAGUCCUUGGCAGAAAGUGGUACAGGGUAUAAAAUGUUAGAUUUUAAUUAUGUUGAUUAAUACUCCAUUUAAAAUACAGAAUAAGCUUUAGUUAGUAAAUGUUUAAAUAAUAUAUUGCAACAGACAAAAGAUGCUGUUGAAAGAUCUCCAAACUGAUGUGCUGGCAAAUGCAAAGUACUGGUGAGCUGUAGAAGAACAAACCAUUUUGCAGUGCUUUAGUGAUUUUCUCCAGCUUUAUGCCAUAGGAACCCCUUCUUUCCUUUUGAAGGAAAACCUGAAAGCUAUAUUUCCUAAACUGCCUGCACUACAACAGUAUAUUCAAAGAAAUUUCAUAUGCUUCUUGUGUCUGAUAAAUAGAAUUUGCAUAUUGUACUUAAGUUGUAAUCCAGUUGUUGUUGACAUUUGUUUAAUUAUUAUUUUAGGGGGAAAAAUAAGCUAUACUGUAGCAUUUCAAUCAUGUGUAUUUAAUAGUACUAUUAGAAAUUGCUAGACCAUUGGAAGACAGCAAUGACUAUGUUGACAUUGAUUAGCAUGAUGUGGAAAACCUCUCAGCUGUUGGUUUUUGCAGUGUGACAUAAAAAGCAAAAAUGAACCGCUGUGCAGUUUGGCUUAUGUUUGCUUUCAAGUGUGUAAAGUUUUAGUUAUUUUGCAAAACUGUAUUGUAUUUGGGAGUAUACAGUUCUGAAGGUAACAAUUGUUUUUCAAAGGACAGAUAUACUUACUCUUGGAUCAUAUGAUGUAUCAUCCUAAUUUGGCUUUUGUUAUGCAGAAAGUUAACACCAGCUAUUAAAAUAUAUUUUAGUAGAAAUGCUUUAAUUCCUGUUUCUUCCUCUACACUGUGAAUAUUUAAGCCUUGGUGGACUAGAGCAACAUCAUGCUGCCCAAAGUACUAACCUAUGCAAACUAGUUCACAUUUUAGUUGAUGUCACAGUGGAUGUAACAUAAAAACUUAUUUUGCGUAACAUUGAACGUCAUUCAAAUAAAAUAUUAAACCCA